UGUUAGUACUGUGCAGCAGGAUCAGGAUGAAUGCACCGCCAAGAUUUGAGACAUUUCUCUUGUUUGAGGGAGAAAAAAAGAUUAUCAUAGAAAAAGACACUAAAGUUCCAAAUGCAGCUCUCUUCACUGUGAUGAAAGAGGACCACACUUUAGGAAACAUGCUCACAACGCAACUCCUAAAAGACCCACAAGUCCUGUUUGCAGGCUACAAGAUUCCUCAUCCAUUAGAACACAAGUUUGUGCUCAGGAUCCAGACAACACCAGACUACAGUCCUCAGGAAGCAUACACAAAUGCCAUCACAGAUCUCAUCAGUGAAGUCUCCUUGCUAGAGGAAAGGUUUAAGGAUGCAGUUAGAGAAAAGCAGGAAGGAGAAUAAUCUUAUCUCACUUAACUGGUAAAUUUCAUCAUCAUCAGUCAUCUGGACACCAUCAUCAUCAAAGCACUCAUCACACAAUCCAUUAUCCACAUCUUGAGGAACUAGGCUGGACUUGAGGAAGCAUUUCACUUCUCACCCAUUUGUGAUGACUGUGUCAUAUAUCAAAUUGAGUUCAGCAUAAGGGAAAAGCUGUAAGCAGGAUUGUGUUUUUUUUCUAGCAGUUCAUCCUGUGGGAUAUUAACCAUACUUGUGGUUUGGUGGUUAUGAUACGUCAAUCUGGAGUGUGCGGAAUAUGGAGCGGUACCAGAAUUUUUUUCAAAGUUAUUUUUUUUCUCAAGUAUAAUGAGAUUGAAUCAUGGUUUAUAUAGAUUUCCUUGAUACCCUGUAGUGAGCAGUUUAAAGUAAGUUCUGUAUUAACUCAUGCCCAGUGAGCUCUUUUAAAUAAAUUAUUAUUUCUGUAUGUACUCUAUAUUAGAAUUUUGUACAGAAAUUGUACAUCAAAUGGACAGAUUUAAGUCGUCAGGCCGACACCCCAAUGUUUGUAAAAUGAAAGUAGUCUUUUUAUUUUUUCAUCUUAAUUCAAUGGGAUUAAAAUAAGUUUUAAAUUUGUUUUAUUAGCAACAAAAUGUUUGUAAUGUUUCCUUUGUUGGUAAUUGACAAUCUUCAGAGGCAUUGAACUGACAUUCCAUAGCUUUUGGAAACAUACCACCUAUAAUAGGGUUUGCAGGAUCAUAAAUGAAACUGGCAAUGUAAAACAGUACUUCACAUUUAAAUUAUAUUUAUUAAUUUAAAUGGGUAUAAUAAAGAUGUAAAACACCAUAA